UGCAGAAAAAAUGGCGGACGCAAUGAAUGUCGGUGUAAAUUUAGAAGCAUUUUCUCAAGCAAUAAGUGCAAUUCAGGCACUUCGUUCCAGUGUAACGAGGGUUUUUGACUCUCUGAAAGAUGGAAUGAAAAACAAAGAAACCCUUGAAGGUCGCGAAAAAGUUUUUAUUACGGAAUUUCAAGAUAACCUGCAGUCUGUGAAUCGAGACUUGAAUGAAUUGGAACGCCUCAGCACCUUGGUUGGCAGACCUUCAGAGAGUCACCCCCUUCACAACAGUGGCCUGUUGAGUCUGGACCCUGUUCAGGACAAGACGCCGCUGUACAGCCAGCUCCUUCAGGCAUAUAAGUGGUCAAACAAGUUGCAGUAUCAUGCUGGCUUGGCAUCCAGUCUUCUUAACCAGCAGUCACUCAAACGCUCAGCUAACCAAAUGGGGGCAUCUGCCAAGAGAAGACCCAAAGUUCAGCCGAGUACCCUGGUUUUGCCACCACAGUAUGUGGAUGAUGUGAUUUCGAGGAUUGGCAGAAUGUUUCCUGACAUGUCAAUCGAACUCUUCCGGCCCAACGGAACGUCGGCAGUUCUUCUGGUGACGUUGGGGAAAGUGCUGAAAGCCAUCGUGGUGAUGAGAAGCCUGUUUAUAGAUCGGACCAUUGUGAGAGGAUUCAAUGAGAAUGUGUAUUCUGAAGAUGGCAAGCUGGAUAUCUGGUCAAAGUCAAACUAUCAAGUAUUUCAAAAGGUUACGGAUCACGCCACUACCGCUCUGCUGCACUACCAGCUCCCCCAGAUGCCCGAUGUGGUGGUACGGUCCUUCAUGACCUGGCUGAGAAGCUACAUCAAGCUGUUCCAGACCCCUUGUCAGCGCUGUGGGAGGUUUCUGCAGGAGGGUCUUCCCCCGACCUGGAGGGACUUUCGUACCCUGGAGGCCUUCCAUGACACAUGCAGGCAAUGAGGAGACCGUGGGGGGAGGUACCUACUUCGCUGACGCCUCCUCAAAAAAGACCAUUGCACAGCAAAAACGUCACCUUCUCUUUAGCCUCUAUCUACAUUAUGCCUGUGGAGCAUUAUUUUAUGUUUUACACUUAAUUUUACCAGACAAGUGAAUUAAGGAUGCCUUCUUAUUUACAACUAUGGAGCAGGCUGUUAAAUGUUGGUCUGUCAAGGUCAGAACACUUCGUAGGAACCAGGUGGAAACCGAGACCAGAAGGGUUGUGAAAUUACCCCUGCUGAUAUCGAGCACCAACACAGCGGUCCCUUGGUUGUCUGUCAUACCUGGUAGUUGUCCUCCUGGUUGAAUAUGCCUCUAGUAGCUCAGCUGCAUUGGGAUGUCAGCUGUCUGAAGUCAACAGUCUCAGAUUUCAAGACAGCCACCAUGGACUCUUCCCUCUUGGAUGACAUGCAAAACAUUUGAUUGUAUGUCUGUGCACAGUGAUUACUGGAUAGUGCCACAUUGAUGUGUGUACCUUUAUCCCAGUCUCACACAGCUGAUCAGAUGUUUGAAAAAUAUGAAGUGGUUCUGUGCGGCUGGUUGAGUCCCCUGUUUGUUCAAAACAACUUUACUUUGGUUCCUUAAACUCUCCAAAUAACAAGAGAAAAUGUUAUGUUGAACAUAUUUAUUCCCAAAUUCUUCUGUGUUACCUUUUCUACAUGCACUGUUUAAUACUGAAUUUGCUAUGCUAGAUACGUGGAGGAAAAUGCUUUUUUUUGUGAGGUGGGAGGGAACUUAAGUGUAACUAGAUGAUGACCAUGGUUUGUAGCUCAAGUCAAGGGAGACACUCAUUUCAUAAAAUUGUGUAAUUACCUUUUUGUACGCUUUCCAAACAUCUUUAUAUGUCGAUUGUCUAUGUGAAGUGCAGAAUUUGUAAAAUACUAGCCAUUUGUGUAAUUUCAGCUGAAGUUUAUAUAGGAUUGAGCAAAUUGUCUUGCCCCUUAAUAGUCAGUUGGCAUGAUGUUUUACAUUAGAUUUGAAAAAAUUAAUAAAAAGCAUAUUUUACAAUACA